AUGUCUCAACCAAUUACAGGACCUUCACUUUCCAUGGAUAAAGUCAACGACAUUAUUCAGUUCUUCAAAGAUGAAGAAAUACCAGUCUACGCAGUUGGCGAAUCGCAGUAUGAACGGUCGGUAGCAACGGCCAACUUCCUCUACCGAUUCGAAAGACCCGACUGUGUUGUGCAACCCAAGCGAAUUUCACAGGUCCAGACAAUCGUUCGAGAAGCUAAAGAAAGGAAGAUACCCAUUACGAUUAAGAAUGGUGGUCAUUCUUACGCGGGCGCAUCCACCGCUGCGACGGGCAUCUCAUUGGACUUGUGCAAAAUGAACAAUGUCAAGCUCGAUACCGAUUCAAAGAUUAUGACGCUACAGGGCGGCGCAUUAUGGGGGCACGCAUAUAAAGAGUUUGUCAACAAGAAGCUCAACCAAUAUGUUGUUAAUGGCGGGCGAUGUCCAACUGUGGGCGUAAGCGGCUUCCUUCUGGGAGGCGGCCUCAGCCCUUUUACGAGAAGUUUCGGCAUGGGCUGCGACACUCUCAAGGAAAUCACCAUAGUCACCGCGGAUGGAGCAAAAGUCACCGUGAAAGAGAGCGGCAAUGACGACCCCAAGAAAGAUUUGCUCUUUUGGGCGCUCUGCGGAGCGGGUGGCGGCAACUUUGGAGUCGUGGUGGAGAUGAAGCUGCAAGUUCAAAAGCUACGAUGCGACAACGUCGUGGCCGGCAGAUAUACUUGGUGGCCACAGAAGGAUCCGUGCAAGAUGGAGAGUUUUAUGGAGACGAUGCGGAACUUUUACACGACUGCUUGGCCAAAACAGCUCACCAUUGAUAGCUCUUGGCUGUGCGAUCUUUCACAGAGCAACAUUGGUGUCAGGUUUCUCGUCUACCAUAAUGGCGACAAAGCCGAGUUCGAAAAGCUUAUCAAAGAAAACAUCACUGACGAGGAUUUAUCGAAACCACUCAUAAAACGAUCCCUGGAAGAGCCGUCUUCCUUAUUCCUUCACGAGACGCUGGUUGCUCAGUGGUCAGAAGAGACUGAGAAAUCAUUCCCUCAGAACCCAUCUUACAUGAUUUAUUCUUCAUUUGUCUUCAAGAAUAAUGCAGACGAUGUAAAAGCCAUUACAGACAUCAUCAGAGAAAACAUGACACAAUUCAGGGAAAAGUUUCCAGGAGAACGUGGCUUGCUGCAGGUAACUUGGAUUCAUGCGGGCGGCGAAGCAGCUUCCAAAGACUCAUCAGCUACAGCAUAUCAUUGGCGCGACUGUGUGUAUCACACAUACAUAAUGGUGCAAUGGUAUGAAAAAUUCUUGGAGCAAGAUAUGUGGAACUUUCUCGAUCGUUUCAAGGGAGAGUUGAGGCGAUACUCCAUCAAUGGGCAAGCGGCAUUCAUCAAUUUUCCGGAUGGGAGAUUGGCACCGGACAUUCAUGAGCGAGCAUAUUAUGGAGAAAAUCGCCAUGCAUUGCAGCAAAUAAAAAACGUCUGGGAUGAGGGUGAUUUCUUCCAUUGGGAUCAAGGCGUGCGCCGUCCGGCUGAAGAGCUGAAGACCGAGACCACAGCAUUGCGAUUGGGAUUGGAAGAUUCGCUGUUUACUGAGUCGCUGGAGAGCAAUAUCGUUAGUGAAAAGGACUUUUAUGCCUCUAGGAUAUCGUCGUUCAAUAUGGCCAUGUCGAAUCUUGAAGAUGUUCCAGAUAAUGGGUACAGGUGGGAUAAGCCACCUCUGGCAAAUCAGCUGGCAUCAAGGCAGUGGGAGACUGUUACACUUCCUUCGGAGAAGAUAUUUGAUAGAGGCAUCUACAACUUGAACGAUUUGGGAUUCUAA